UGAUACGUGGAUGGAUCCACGAUAUAACCAGUGACUAAUAUAAUUACUUAAUCGAUUGAAAGUUUUAUAUAUACAAAUAUAAAUGACAAUUUAUAUUCAAUAAGCAUUUUUAAAAAUAGCGGUUAACUGAGCACUCCAUACUCAAAAUACUGUCCUCAUAUAUGCAUCAAUAUUAUUGUAGGGAUUUGUGAAGACAUCACUGUGUAUUUAGUCCAGUUGAUUGUCAAUUCUCGUGGAAGACGAUCAACUAUUUUCGAGUGUAGUAGUUAUAUAUUAAAUUCAUCAAAAUAAUCAAAUAAAUUGAGGUACCAUGGGUGUUGAAUCGACAAUUGCAAAUGCCCUUGGUAGUGCGUCUGGUAGUUUGGGAUGGUUUUUUCCAGCAUUGGCAAUGGCCCUGGCAUAUUUUCAGUAUGACAUUAUGGAUAAAGAAUCACAACCAAUUGACAUGCCUUCAGAGCUAUUACAUCCAACAUAUGAUUUUAUUGUUGUUGGUGCUGGUUCAGCAGGAGCUGUUGUUGCAAGUAGAUUAUCAGAAAUUGGAAAUUGGAAUGUAUUAUUACUGGAAGCUGGAGGUGAUGAAACGGAAAUAUCUGAUGUUCCAUUGUUAGCUGGAUAUUUGCAGCUAACAAAACUUGAUUGGAAAUAUAAAACUGAGCCUCAAGGAGAUGCAUGUCUAGCAAUGGAAGGAGCUCGUUGUAAUUGGCCACGAGGAAAAGUAUUAGGUGGAUCUAGUGUAUUAAAUUACAUGCUUUAUUUACGUGGAAAUAGAAGAGAUUAUGAUAUUUGGGAACAACAAGGUAAUCCAGGAUGGAGUUCAAAAGAUGCUUUGUAUUAUUUUAAAAAAUCAGAAGACAAUCAAAAUCCAUAUUUGACAAAUACAAUUUAUCAUUCAUCUGGUGGAUAUCUUACAGUACAAGAAGCACCAUGGAGAACACCAUUGGCUACGGCAUUUGUUGAAGCAGGUCAAGAAAUGGGCUAUGAAAUUCGUGAUAUUAAUGGUGCCUAUCAAUCUGGUUUCAUGAUUGCUCAAGGUACAGUACGUGGUGGAAGUCGUUGUUCAACAUCAAAAGCUUUUCUUCGUCCAGCAAGAUUACGUCAAAAUCUUCAUGUAGCAUUAAAUGCACAAGUAACAAAAAUAUUAAUUGAUCCAAUAACUAAAAGAGCAUAUGGCAUUGAAAUGAUACGUCAAGAUAAAAUGUAUCGUAUUAGAGCUAGAAAAGAAGUUAUAUUAUCUGGUGGAUCAGUUAAUUCACCACAGCUAUUAAUGUUAUCUGGUAUUGGACCAAAAGAACAUCUUAAACAACAUGGUAUACCAGUUAUUGUUGAUUCAGCUGUUGGUGAAAAUUUACAAGAUCAUGUUGGUCUUGGUGGUUUAACAUUUAUGGUUAAUCAACCAAUAUCAAUGGUAGAAAGUCGUCUUCAUAGUGUAUCAGCAGUUAUGCGUUAUGCUGUAUUUGGUGAUGGACCAUUAACUGUACUUGGUGGUGUUGAAGGAUUAGCAUUUGUUAAUACAAAAUAUGUUAAUGCAUCUGAUGAUUUUCCAGAUAUUGAAUUACAUUUUAUAUCUGGUUCAACAAAUUCAGAUGGUGGAAGACAAAUAAGAAAAGUACAUGGAUUAACACAAAAAUUUUAUGACAGUGUAUUUGGACCAAUUAAUAAUAAAGAUAGUUGGAGUGUUAUACCAAUGCUUUUACGACCAAAAAGUAAAGGUCUCAUUAGAUUAAGAAGUAAAAAUCCAUUUGAACCACCAUUAAUAUAUCCAAAUUAUUUUAAAGAACCAGAAGAUAUUGCAACAUUAAUUGAAGGUGUUAAAAUAAGUGUUGCAUUAAGUAGAACAGCAUCAUUUAAAAAAUAUGGAAGUGAAUUAAAUCCAUCACCAUUUCCAGGAUGUAAACAUAUUUCUUUAUAUACAGAUUUAUAUUGGGAAUGUAUGAUUAGACAUUAUUCAGCAACAAUUUAUCAUCCAGUUGGUACAUGUAAAAUGGGACCAAGUUGGGAUCCAGAAGCUGUUGUUGAUCCACAAUUGCGAGUUUAUGGUGUCAAUGGUUUACGUGUUAUUGAUGGAUCAAUAAUGCCAAAUUUAGUAUCAGGUAAUACUAAUGCUCCAAUUAUUAUGAUUGGAGAAAAAGGCUCAGACAUGAUUAAAGAAUUUUGGUUAAAACAAAAUGCAUAAUUUUAUUUUUUUAACCAAAUAUUAUUUUGACGUUGAUCGUCUGAUAUUUUUUUAAUUAAUAAUCAUGUAUAAUGUAUCCACUAAAUGGACAAACUAAAUUAAUUUUUUUUUUAUACAAAAUAGACUGAAACUUAAAUAUAAUUAUAUAUUGUACAUUGUAUACGU